ACUAUAUAUACCGAUAAAGCAAAGUUAGAUCAUCAUUGUCUAGAGCCUUCACCCACCCAACACAAACAUGAAAUCUAUUGUUCUUUUUGCCCUUGUAGCGGUGGCCGUGGCUGCUCCGCAGGACCAAGCCGCUCAGAUCCUUAAGCAGGACAGUCAAAUUAACCCUGAUGGUUCGUAUCAGUGGGAAUUCGAGACUUCCAACGGCAUCGCGGCCAACGAGCGCGGAGCUCUUAAGAACAUUGGUGCCGAAGAGCCUGCUCUUGAAGUGCAGGGUCAGUCCUCCUACACUAGCAUCGAUGGCAUCCCCGUGCAACUUUCGUACAUCGCUAACGAGAAUGGCUUCCAACCCCAGGGCGCUCACCUACCCACCCCGCCACCAGUCCCUGAGGCUAUCCAACGCGCCCUCGCCUAUCUCGCCACCGCUCCCCCUCAGCCUGAAAACUAAUUGAGACCUGUGAAUAGUUAGGUUAUUAAAGGCGUUAAAAAGAACAAUAUUAAGGUACCAUGUGACGAAGCUGGCAGGAUGGAUUGAGAAAUUUAAGGUUUUGGUAUAAAAUGUGCUAGGCAACUGAAAUCUAAACACAAUGAUGAAGAGCUUAAAAAUAUCUGACACGUUAAUAAUCCUGUAAAUAGAGUAGUUUCAGAUAUGUUUAAGCGAUUCGUAUUAUCAAAUGUUACAAUGGACUGUCAUGUAUCUAAUGCCUGUUUCGUCAUAAGGUAUCUGAAGCCAACAGUGCUAUAUUCGGCGUUGUAGCUGAUCUCGUACGAGUUCCAUUGCCAAAUGGAGCUAAUGUUGGUGUUUAGUUAGUAAAAUUUCAUUGUACAAAGAUAUUUUUAUACUUUUAAUACAUACUUGAAUCUUA